AUGUCUUCUGAAUGUCGCCGUUCUGAAAAUUUAUACAGAUACAGUUAUAUUGAUUUAGAAGGAAAUAAAUAUGGUCCGUUUGAAGGAAGCAAAAUGACAGAGUGGGAUGCGAACGAACACUUGGAUGACGAACUGAUUAUAUUUCGAAUCUCCGCUUCUGGAAAAACCGAAAAGUUUAUAUUAGAUAAUCUCCGGAGAGUUUCGAAAACUCCGUUCCUCGAAACCGACCCUUCUGUCCAGGAAGAAAACAAACAUCUUGUCGAAUUGAAAUCGGAAAGUCCGGAUUCGAUGUCUAUAGAGUCUUCCUGUUUUCUUCAAAGUUCUCCCGCAAUUAGUCCUCAUAAUUCGGAAGAAAACUCUACUGUGUUUGAGGAGAAAAUUCCGACGAAUGACGAAUGUCAAAAGUCGAGCAACAUCAUUCAACAAAGUCCACUCGUUGAAGCGCUAUCUAAAAAAGUUUCUGCUGUCAGUAAAGUGGAUUUAUCUCUAACGGCAACGUUAUCGCCGACUACUCUCUCUUCUGUAAUUCGAGAGCCCUACGCAGGAAAAUAUUUUUCCUCGACUGAUAAUAUCAAGAAUUAUAAUCCGGAUAUAUAUCCAUCACAUCCUUUCAUGCGUCUGCCAGAUUCUCGGUUUCCGAUCAUAAAGCUGGAAAAUGCUCGGGCGAAAGUGUUUUCUCUUUAUCAAUUUAUCAUAACUGUUCCAAAACAGCUCAUGCAUUUCCCACCGUAUACUACAGAGACCGCGGCCUGUCAAUUAUGUAGAAUAGAUCUGACUGGACCAGACAUGUUCAAGCAUGUGAUAAAUAUACAACAUCUCAGCAAAAUAAGCAACUCUUUGUUCACUGAAAACGACGUCGACUUUUGGAUCGAUCGAGUGAAUAAUGUUAUUAAACAAGCACCGUCUAGUGCUCUUAUUCUUCCUGGAUUCAAUCCCGAAAUGAACUUGAAUGAAUCUGAGUCAAUAACCGGCUUCAUCAAUCGAACCAAGGGAUUCGUGAGAAAUCCAAACUUGGCACAAAUUGAGAAGGUGAUUGAAGCGGUACUUAAUGUUACUGUAGCCACUUUCUACUCUUCAAGCACUUCCAAAUCUAAACGGAAAGUAACCGGGAAGUUUCUUUCUCAAGUCGUCGAAGCUCUGAUAGUAGACGUGGACCAAGCUACGUUCCAACGUCGAUAUCAACGGCUCAUGAAAAAACAUAACACAUGUACAUUCUGCAACACUCGAUUUGAAUCUUUUUACGAAGCCUGCAGUCACAUUGGAACUCCACAACACAGCGAAAAGAUUAACAAUGUUCUGUAUCAAGAGGGACUUGUGGCGACAUUGGUCCGUAUAUUAGCACGUGCAGCUCUGAGUAAACGAGCAUCACGUCUCCAGGCCAGAAAUCUUUCUUAUUCAAGUUCAGUGGACAUUAUAACAGUUGACUAA